AGUGCGGGUUUGGAGACGCCUCGCCGUGGUGUCGCCCACCAUUCUCUGCAGUGGAUAUGGCGUCACUGGAAAGUGUAGGAGUCGAGAAACUUCACGCAUGUAAAUAACGUCAGUUGGUAAAGCUGAAGGAAGCGACACACAGUGUACAGAGAAACAUUUAUAUUAAACAGGUCGUUUAUUUUUUACAAACAUGCCCCGAAAAAAGCCAUUUACCAACAAGCAGAAGAAGAAACAGCUGCAAGUCAAGCGGGAGAGGAAGAGAGGUGACACAGGUUCUGGUCCGAGCAGCCGUAAUGCCAGCGUGGAACGAGGAGGAGAGCGACAGUCGGAUACCUCUGACAGUGAGACCACUGAUGUCAGAAGAAUGAACCAGCAGCCCUUCAGCAGAGAAGUUAGAUAUAACCCCAACAGGUUCAGACUGCACUUUGAGAAAGAGAGUGAAGAGGAGGUGGAAAAGAGAAAGAAGGUGGCCAUGGAGAAGUUCUUGACUCCAGUGUCAGACAAAGAACUUGAAGUCAACAUCGAUGACAUCUAUCCCUCAGAGAAAGGUCUUGGUUUCCCACGACGGCCACCCUGGAAUUAUGAAAUGACACGAGAGAGCCUGCUGAGGAAAGAGGAGAAGUCGUUCAGAGAAUACCUUGAUGAUCUUCACUCCAGUAAACCACUUGGCUCCCUCAGCCACUUUGAGCACAAUCUUGAGACAUGGAGGCAGUUUUGGAGAGUGUUGGAGAUGUCUGAUAUUAUUCUGCUCAUUGUGGACAUCAGGCACCCGGUGCUGCAGUUCCCUCCAGCCCUGUACCACCACAUCACAGGAGAUCUGCAGAAGCAGGUGGUGCUGGUGUUGAACAAAGCCGAUCUCUGUCCUCCUCCAUUGGUGAUCGCCUGGAAACACUACAUGACCUCUCAGUUCCCCCACCUGCAAAUAGUCUGCUUCACCUCCCACCCUGGGCAGCCCUACAGCACAGUCCUUCAGAAGAAGAGGAUGAGAAGGAAGGCUGACUGGAGUCAUGGUGGAGGUCCUACAGAUAUCCUGAAAGCCUGUCAGGAAAUCACAGCAGGGAGAGUUGACCUUUCCAGCUGGGAUCAGAAGAUUCAGAGAGAUGCUGUUUCAGAGGGACCCAAUGGGGACCAUUCUGAUGAGGGAGCGGAGUCUGUGCUAGUGGAGCAUCAAAGUGACAGUGCUAUGAAGAUGAGCAGCCCAUCACAGGAGCUCUACAAAGAUGGUGUUCUCACAUUGGGUUGUAUAGGCUUUCCAAAUGUUGGGAAGUCGUCUGUUAUAAACACCCUGGUGGGGAGGAAGGUGGUGAGUGUGUCUCGAACACCAGGCCACACCAAAUACUUCCAGACCUACUACCUCACCCCGACAGUGAAAUUGUGCGACUGCCCUGGACUGGUCUUUCCCUCGCGUGUCAACAAACAGUUACAGAUUCUGGCAGGCAUCUACCCAGUGUCUCAGGUGCAGGAGCCCUACAGCUCAGUUGGUUAUCUGUGUGAGAGGACCCCCUUCCUCUCUGUGCUGAAGCUCAAACAUCCCAGCUUGCUAGAAGAUAAACCCCAUCAGAGAUACCAGGGAUCAGAAGAGCUUAGAUGGACUGCUUGGGAAGUGUGUGAAGCUUGGGCAGAGAUGAGAGGAUACAAGACUGCAAAAGCAGCUCGCCAUGACGUUUAUCGUGCAGCCAAUAGUCUCCUGCGGUUGGCAAUUGAUGGCAGAUUGUGCCUUUGCCUCAGACCACCUGGCUACAGCUGCCUGAGAGAGCAUUGGGAAAAUCACCCAGACCUACCGGAAAUCAUGGCUCUACUAGGAAGGAUGACAGAUGAGAAAGGUGAUGGAGACAGGGAUGAGGAGGAGGACGCAGAGUCCAGCACCGAGCCAGAGGAAGAGAGAGACAGGGAUGCAGACGAUGAUGAGGAUGGGGAUGAUGAAGAUGAGGGGUUUGGACAUCCAAGACGGAAGGAUGAAAAGCCAUCUGGCUUCACUGUCAACAUGUACAACGUCCUUCGAGAAAAUCAGUGUGAGUGAAAGCGAAGGGAAAGACGUGCAGAAGAUAUAAGUUCCUGACUUUUCCCCGGCAAUCCCAGUAAAUUUCUCAUUCCUCCUUUUUCCAAAACCUGCAUUCCUUCUCCCUUUUCCUGCGCAUUCACUCCAUUACCUUCUCUGUACAUUAAUAUGAUCUAUUCUAAUGAAUUCACCCUGUCUCCUCCACAGAGUGAACAGAGCAUAUUCAUGUAUUCCAUGUUGUGCCUCUGCUCUGCUUGUUCACAGAUGAAGCUUGUUCAUUAAUGUUGCUUCAAGGAAUGGGCUUUGUUUGGUUUGACUUUAUCUUUUUCUUUUCUUUUUUGCAUGGACUUCUGAAAAGACAAAUGAACAAGUAACUUCCCUCAGCCUGGAAUAAUCAACCAACCAGCUUUCAUUCUCUUUGAUAAGUGACCUCACAGCUGAGUUGCCAAAAUUCAAGAAUUAUUUUUUUCUUUAAACGAAUCCGAUGCACUGUCAAUAUGAUGUCAUUCACUGGAGCAGCCGUUUGGCUCUCAGAGCAGCUUGAGAUUAAAGACCGCGACUCUAAAUCAUCUUUAUCGAGCAUGCUAUGUCUCAACUUUGACUAAAGGGUGGGAUCUGGGAGAUAAAACCAAUUUUACUCACACUAUUUUUAGUUACCAGUAUAUUUAUAUUUUAUUUGAUUCUACACAAUACACAGGUCAUUUCAGAACUUUUCUUGGAAUGUGGGGAGGGGAAUGAGUGUUGUACUGCUGGACGAGGCCGUUUCAGGAAUUUAACCUGUAGUGUUUUAACUACUACAAAUAUUAUCCAUAGAUGCUUACAGAGGUUUACAGGAUAUAGUGCAGGAUUUAGCUGCAACCAUUCAACACGUUUAAAAGCCAAUGGCGGCACAGUGGAACUGAUUGAAUUGAGGCUGCUUAAAAAUUCAUCUGGGGUAUCUGUUUAUUGGCUUCCUUGCCAGGUUAGAUGAUAAAAUUGUUCUCGUUCUUGUGUCUUUACGGCAAAUGUGACGGUAGAGACAGUUAAGCUCAGCACAAAGGAAGACAGGAAGAAACAGCUAGAUUAGCUCUACCAGCACCUCCAAAGAUUAUCACCAUACUGUAUCUUGUUUAUUAAAGCUGGGCAAAAACUAAAGUGUAAAAAUAACACUUAUGUGCUCAAGUAUUUCUUGGAACCAGGCUUUCAGGUAUUAACUUCACCUGACUGAGCAUUAGAGGUACUGUAAGCUGUGGCUUAAUAUUCUCCAUACAGACUUGAGAGUAGUAACAAUCUUCUCAUCUAAAUCUCAUCAAAAAAGUGAAUGAGUGCAUUUACCAACAUGUUGGACAGUUACUUUAACAACAGAGAGAGAGACUCUACAGCUUCAAUCUAUCUGUCUUUAUAAAUAACAUUACACACUCCAUCCAUCAAGUUGUUUUAUAAAAAUUUAGUCCGAUUCAAGCUAUGGUCCUGUAAUGCUAUUACAACAUCUGCUGCAAAUGUUCCUCAUAUUUUUAAUUUAACUUUCUCUAGAGAAGUAGAGAUGUUCCGAUACCAUUUUUCCCUUGAUGGUGACUGGACUUGUGUAUCGGCAGAUACCGAGCACUGGUCCAACACGAGUACAUUUAUAAGAACAACAAAUCACAUAUCAUAAGUGAUGACUGGCAGGAACAAAUUGCUGGUUUUACUCCACUACCAGAAAUUGCUUCUUCUUUGCUGAUCUUGAAACUGUUGCCAGUGGCAGUACAGCGCAACUGCUGUCUCAGAGCAACAAAGUGAUUUCUGGUAUCAGAUCUUAUCAUAGAUUUGUGUAUUUUGUCACCACCUGGUAUUUUCGGUGGUAUCAGGAGCAUUUCUGAUCUGGUAUCGAAACAUCUCUAAAGAAAAGUUGGACCAGUCUCUCUCUCUUUCUCUCUCUGUGAUUUGCAACGGCCCCGCUACAAUCCUGAGUGCUGUAUUAUUAUUAUAAUUAUUGUGUGCUGCUGUCGUACCUCAUUCACAUGGUCACUGAGGGAAGCCUAUAGCACAGUGCUGUGUUACUAUGUAAUGCAUCACACUGCAGCCACAUGCAAUCAUUUCUACAAUUGGUACAAUAUUAAAUCAGUUACUCAACACUACCAUAAUGUUAUAAACACGACGGAUGUUUGGCUGUGUUGAUGUGGAGUUUCUUUUGUUGUUUUGAAAUAUUAAAACUGACUGUAUCUGAAGAUUUUGCUGUGAAGGCUUGAGGUGUGUUCAGGCUACUUACUGCAUUCCUCAUUUCAUUCCUACUAUACCUGAUGAUGAACUGGACUGCUUUCUGCAAUAAAAGAAGAUAAUCAUUGAAAACCAUA